AUGGAAGAGACAGUGAAUGAAUCAAGCAUAGAAGACCCCUUGGAGGCAUGCUUUGCUCAGUUCGGAGAGGAUUUAGAUUUGGACAAGUUGCUUGAGCAAGCAGAUGCAAUUUUGGAGACUGCUCCUCUAGUGAGCAGGAUCAUUUAUCCAAUCUCGGAUAGAAAGUGGGUAAGCCCAAUUCAUGUUGUGCCAAAGCGGGCUGGAUUGACGGUAGUAAAGAACAAGGAUGAUGAGUUGGUCCCAACUCGUAUUCAGUCCGGAUGGAGAGUUUGCAUAGACUACCGCAAGCUAAAUGCCGCCACAAGGAAGGAUCAUUUUCCACUCCCAUUCAUUGAUCAGAUGGUGGAACGUUUGGCUGGGCAUGCAUACUAUUGCUUCUUGGAUGAGCGUUUCUUAGAGAUUUUCAUGGACGAUUUCUCUGUCUUUGGUUCAUCCUUUGAUGAGUGUUUGGACCGCCUGACUUUGGUUGUUUCUGACAAAUACCCCUCCUCGUUUGUUCAUAGUCAAGAGUUUAGUGAAUGCGGUUACCCUUUUAAGAAGUGUCAUUCUGAAGAACAUGACCAUGUUGAUCUUGUUCCUCAUACUUCCUUAAAGGCUCUUGAUUCAUGUCUUUGGUACCUCGAUAGUGCUUGUUCUAAGCAUAUGUUGGGGGACAAGUCUGUGCUUAACUGUUUAAAUGAGUACAGGGAUGGCAGUGUCACCUUCGGUGAUGGAAAUCAUGCUCAGAUCAAAAGAAGGGGUUGA